AGUGGAGUCUUGUCCUUGUCCGGUCCCUGUGGUAGGUAGUGGUACCAAUUUGGAUCGCAUUUCGGCGAUGGCGGCGGGGGGGCAGGGGAUGGAUCCGGCGGUGGUGGACGACGUAAUCGGGAGGCUGGUGGAGGUGCGGUCUGGCAGGACCGGCAAGCAGGCCCAGCUGUCCGAGUCGGAGAUCCGCCAGCUCUGCCUCGCCUCCCGCGACAUCUUCCUCGCCCAGCCCAACCUCCUCGAGCUCCAGGCCCCCCUCAAGAUCUGCGGUGAUAUUCAUGGCCAGUACAGUGACCUGUUAAGGUUGUUCGAAUAUGGGGGUUUCCCACCUGAAGCCAAUUAUUUGUUCUUAGGCGAUUAUGUAGAUCGGGGAAAGCAAAGCUUAGAAACAAUAUGUCUACUUCUUGCAUACAAAAUCAAGUACCCAGAGAACUUUUUCCUUUUGAGGGGAAAUCAUGAAUGUGCUUCAAUAAAUAGAAUAUAUGGAUUUUAUGAUGAAUGUAAGCGGCGAUUUAAUGUGAAACUGUGGAAAAUCUUCACCGAUUGCUUUAACUGUCUCCCUGUUGCUGCCCUAAUUGACGAUAAAAUCCUAUGCAUGCAUGGCGGCCUUUCUCCUGAUUUAUCUAACUUGGAUCAAAUAAAGACUUUGACUAGACCAACUGAUGUACCGGACACGGGUUUAUUAUGCGAUUUGCUUUGGUCAGAUCCUGGUAGAGACAUUCAUGGUUGGGGAAUGAAUGAUAGAGGAGUUUCUUACACUUUCGGCGCAGAUAAAGUCUCCGAAUUUCUGUCAAAGCAUGAUCUUGAUCUUGUUUGUCGCGCACACCAGGUUGUGGAGGAUGGUUAUGAAUUUUUUGCUGAUAGGCAACUAGUAACAAUAUUUUCAGCUCCUAAUUACUGUGGUGAAUUUGAUAAUGCCGGUGCAAUGAUGAGUGUUGACGAAACUUUGAUGUGCUCUUUCCAAAUUCUCAAGCCUGCCGAGAAGAAGCCAAAAUUUGGCAUGUCAACAAGAAUAUGACAGUGAAGGCACCUGAUUUUGUAUUGCCGAACUGAAGGCAGUAAAGAUGUGAGAGCAAGACAGAGUUGAUGCAGUUCUCGAGCUUGCCUCCUUCUAUUGAGCAGAAUCAAACUACUGCUGACCUCAAACUCCAGCUCCAAAUCCUGGAUCCAAGCUGGAUUUACUAAUUAUCUUAGCGGCAAGAUCUCCUGAACAGUAUGAUCCUAUUAAAAAACUCAAUAUGCAUGUUAGUGUUCACAGAAGUUUUGCAAUGUUGGAGUAUGCUGCUUGAGAUGAUUUUGUUCUAGAACAAAACCAAGGUCAAGGUGGCCUUUUCUGAGCAAAAUGCGAGGUAUUCAUGAACAGUUGGUUCUUUCACAACCCUAGGUGAAACAUGUGGCGUUAAACAGACAACAUGUAUUAGUAGAAAUUUAUUUUAAUUGAUAAAAGUACACAGAUGUUAUUUUGACCACAUAACACCACGGUUGUUUGAUUUCAGAAAUCAACUGUCAGAAUCAACCAUUCCUGUCAAAAAGUUAAAAAAUGUUAUGUCUGGUAAUUUACAUAAAAUUUAGAGAGUUAUCAUAAUCAAAUGGUCAGGUCAAAAGCUACUGAAGUGCAGGUAACCAUUUCGAAAUGCUCUAUGAUUCAGGUAUGUUCUGUACCUUUUUUGUGACUAUUAUGAUUUAGCUAAGGAUAGUACCUUGUAACAGCAAACUUCAAUUACAAUAGUGACUCACAAGACUAGAAGAAAAUUUUUACCAUUUUAGACACCACAUAAUAAUCACAUAAGGCAUGAUUUUACUGCUUCCAAAUCUUGCAUUUUUCUCAUCCUUUCUCCAGUUUUUGCGCGCCUUUCUGAAAGAAAAUUUUCUUUUGUCAGGCUGCUAUAUAAUUUUACACCCGAAGACAACAUGCAUGCAGAGGUUUGCGAACUGCAGAAUUUUACAUCAAAUGAGGUGUCAUCAGCGAACGAAGUAAUUUCGCUUCGGCGACCCUAAAGGGAUAUCGAGAGCAAUUCAUUUUCGGAUAGCAAAUGAUUUAGUUUUUCUUUUUCCCUUUUGCUUUUUCGAACUGUGCUGCAGCCUGCAUGUGUAUAUACUUAUCCUGUGCAUUUUGUUUCGUUGGAGUAAUGCUGCAACCUCAUAAAUGUUUCUGAAAAUACAGUUGAUAAGUCAACUUUCCAUAUUCGUAAGCUCA